AAUUAUUGAGAGGUGGAACUUGAUUUACGAACGAAUUUGAUCAAAAUUAUCUCUAAUCAAAGAUGAUUAUGACGUUAAACAUUUUGUCGCGCGCUUGUAUGACAUCAUAAAUGAUAUUAAAAACGUUCUAAAACAUUAUUCUAAAUUUGAUUAUUUUAUUUAUAACAUUUUUUUGAAUUCCAAGAACAUAUUUUCUUUAAAGAUUGCAAAAAGGCGCCAUUUGUUUUGUUUACCGCGGUUGCUAUAGAUUCAAGUCAUGCGUGGUCACAGACUCGGCUCGACAGAUAUUACAAAAUUUUAUACUCAAACUUCUACUGUUAAAAAAGAGCUUAAAGAAACAAGAAGAGCUUCAAAAGUAAAGCCUCAACCUGUUGUAAAACCUUCAAAAAUGGCUUCUGAAGUUUCCCCGAGGGUCCUAAGGCAACAGCAAGCACCAAAGACGGAAUUAGAUUAUGAAAUAGAGAGACUAAAGGCAGAAAUCCAACAAGAAAAACAAAUGAAAGACAUGUUGGAAGAAUCUUCGGAAGAUCUCGAGAAAACUAUUGGAGAAAUGCAGGAAAAGUCUGAAACAGCUGGCGAAGAAGACAACGAAUGGAAAACACGAUUCGAAACUCAACAACAAAUGAACAACCAACUUGAAAAACAAAUCCUUCUUCUCAGAGACAAACUAGAACAAAUGAAAAUUCCUUCAAGAGAUGGUAAACCAGGAAAUAAGCUUAAGACAUACAAUGGACUUAGUGAUACUGAAAUAAGAAAACUGAUGAGACAAAUGGAAAGAGACAAGUUAACCUUAGAAGGACAGUUGAGAGAUUUAGAAUGGAGACUGGACAAUGAAUCAAAGGCAUAUCAUAAAAUCAAUGAAGAGAGGAAACAAUACAUUACUGAGCUUAAUCAGGCUAAUGCUGUAAUUGAUAAUACAAAAAAUCCAAGUUUGAGCGAUUUUUGUCAUAGUGAGCACUUUAAAUUUUAUAGUUCAUUUUGUAUUCUUCAUUUUUACAGGCAUAUCAUAAAAUCAAUGAAGAGAGGAAACAAUACAUUACUGAGCUUAAUCAGGGGAAGUAGUAUAUUUGGAUUACCAGACAACCAAAGGAUUCUGGACCCCAAAAAAGGUCCAGUUAAAAAGACAGCUGCUGUAAGAAAACUUCCAAAGUUAAACAGCUCUGAACAAAGCCCAAGAUAAAGAAAUGACAUUAACUUUUUAAGUUAUUGUACAUAAUUUAUUUUUAAACAUACAGGUACAGCUGUAUCAUAUAAGAUAAAAAUAAUUGCAUAUAUUAGCUUAUUUAUCACAUAUUUUUAUAUCUGCAUUAUUAUAGCUGUGGAUAGAAUCAAAAUGCAUGGAGCUUGUUAAUGAAGUAGCAAUGGUUAAGCCAAAUUCUGCAACUGUUAACAAUGAUUGUAAAUUAUUUUUGGUGUUAAAAAAAAUUAAGAUUUAAAAAAGUUUGUUAUAUAAUUUGAAAAUUCCAACAAAACACGACAGCAGUGAAAUCAGA